CCCUAGACCCAUCGAAGGACCCUUGCCUGAAGGUGAAAUGCAGCCCUCACAAAGUGUGUGUGACCCAGGACUACCAGACAGCCCUAUGUGUCAGCCACAAGCACCUGCUGCCCAGGCAAAAGAAGGGCAAUGUGGCUCACAAACACUGGGCUGGACCUUCAAAUCUGGUUAAGUGCAAGCCCUGCCCCGUGGCACAGUCAGCGAUGGUCUGCGGAUCUGAUGGCCACACGUACACGUCCAAGUGCAAACUGGAAUUCCAUGCUUGUUCCACAGGCAAAAGCCUCAGCUCCCUCUGCGAUGGGCCCUGUCCGUGUCUGCCUGAGCCUGAGCCACCGAAACCCAAGGCAGAAAAGAGUGCCUGCACAGACAAGGAGCUGAGGAACCUUGCUUCCCGGCUGAAAGACUGGUUCGGGGCUCUUCAUGAGGAUGCCAACAGAGUCAUCAAGCCUACCAGCUCUGACACAGCCCAAGGAAGGUUUGACACCAGCAUCCUGCCCAUUUGCAAGGACUCCCUGGGCUGGAUGUUCAACAAGUUGGACAUGAACUAUGACCUCUUGCUGGACCACUCGGAGAUCAACGCCAUCUACCUAGACAAAUAUGAGCCCUGCAUCAAGCCUCUCUUCAACUCCUGUGACUCCUUCAAGGACGGCAAACUCUCCAACAACGAGUGGUGCUACUGCUUCCAGAAGCCAGGAGGUCUCCCCUGCCAGAACGAAAUGAACAGAAUUCAGAAGCUGAGCAAGGGGAAGAGCCUGUUGGGAGCAUUCAUACCUCGGUGUAAUGAGGAAGGUUACUACAAAGCCACGCAGUGUCACGGCAGCACGGGGCAGUGUUGGUGUGUGGAUAAAUAUGGGAAUGAGCUGGCUGGCUCCAGGAAACAGGGCGCUGUGAGCUGUGAAGAAGAGCAGGAAACCUCCGGCGACUUCGGCAGCGGUGGCUCCGUGGUCCUGCUGGAUGACCUAGAGGACGAGCGAGAGCUGGGACCAAAGGACCAGGAGGGGAAGCUAAGGGUGCACACCCGGGCAGUGAGGGAAGACGACGAGGAUGAAGAUGACGACAAAGAUGACGAGGUUGGGUACAUAUGGUAGUGCCCACAAGGAGGAGGACUCACUUUGGGCCCAGAUUUG